CAGGAAGUAAAUGGCCUCUGCUGUCAAAGGGAGAUGCUAAAGCGGUGUCUGGCAAGGGGCGUUUAACAGCCAGCUGGAUUAUCUCCGGAACCGUGUGUAAAAAAAUAAAUACAAAUAAACCCGUUUUCUUGAGUGGAGGGAUUCGUAUCGCAACUGAUAACAACUUUUUGGAUGAAAGGUCGGAACGUAUUUGAAUACGAGGAAGCUAAAAGCCGGGGGGUGGUGGGGUGGGGGGGUUUGCUUUUUUUAAAAUGCUAACGUUAGCUAGCCUGAGCUAACACACUGACUUUAUCCGAGGAGACUGCUGUCGUCGGUGAGGAGACAAAAACACUGAAAUGAUUCAACCCUUCUGCAAGUUCUGUGUUGCAAUGAGGAUCAACGGAGUCCAUUUGUGAGGACUCAGAGACAUGAACUCGAUUUCCCCAAGUGCUGCACAGUACGUGGGGGGAGUGAUGCAGGAUGAGCUGGCGGAGAGCCGGCGGCAGCAGCAGCAGCGGCCCAUGGAGCGGCAGGGCAGCUUCGGUGUACGGCUGCUACAGACACAGGAUCCAAGCAGAGAGGCGAGCGGAGAACCUGAUGAGAUGGACAAACUGAAAGCCAAGCUGAUGUCAGCGUGGAACAACGUCAAAUAUGGCUGGACUGUCAAGUCGAAAACCUCCUUCAACAAAUUAUCACCUGUCACUGUCCUGGGACACUCCUAUCUGCUCAACAGUGAAGACGAAGUGGAGCGGUUCCGUUUGGCUUUUGUGUCCAGGGUCUGGCUCACCUACAGGAGGGAGUUCCCUCAGCUGGAGGGCUCCACCUGGACCACAGACUGUGGGUGGGGCUGUAUGCUGCGCAGCGGGCAGAUGCUGCUGGCACAGGGUCUCCUGGUUCAUUUGAUGCCAAGAGAUUGGGUUUGGCCAGAUGCUCAACAGCUGACCGAUGUGGACUUUGAGGUGUUCAGACCACGCUCCCCGGCCCGGGCUGGAGGGGUUCCCAUCCCCUCCUUUGGCUCCCCGCGAGGCUCCAACACCCCUGAGAAGUCCCCACCAAGUGAUCAAGCACCCAACUGCAGCCAGAAGAAAAGACCUGAGUCUGUGAAGGACCGGCAGGCGGAGCCCAUCCACCACAGAAUGGUCACCUGGUUCGGGGAUCAGCCCCCGGCACCGUUUGGGGUUCACCAGCUGGUUGAAAUCGGUAAAAGUUCAGGGAAGAAAGCUGGUGACUGGUACGGACCCUCUAUAGUGGCUCACAUCCUGCGGAAAGCGGUAGCAAAAACCUCCGCUGUCCACAACCUGGCAAUUUAUGUGGCUCAGGAUUGCACAGUGUACAAAGAGGAUGUGGUGCGACUAUGCGACCUGUCACUGAACCAGAACCCCCCUGAUUUGUCCAGCCAGGCCUGGAAGUCUGUCAUCAUUCUCGUGCCUGUACGGCUGGGAGGGGAGGCCCUCAAUCCGUCCUACAUUGAAUGUGUGAAGAACAUCUUCAAACUGGAGUGUUGUAUUGGAAUCAUCGGAGGCAAGCCGAAGCAUUCACUUUACUUCAUGGGCUUCCAAGAUGAGCAGCUGCUGUAUCUGGACCCUCAUUACUGCCAGCCUGUUGUCGAUGUCUCACAAGUCAACUUCUCACUGGAGUCCUUCCACUGUAGCUCUCCUAAAAAGAUGCCCUUCAACCGCAUGGACCCCAGCUGCACCAUCGGCUUUUAUGCCAAGAACAAGAAGGACUUUGAGUCCCUCUGUUCUGCUGUCAGUGUGGCCCUGUCUUCGUCCAAGGAGAAGUACCCCAUCUUUACCUUCGUGGAGGGCAAAGGUCAGGAUUAUGGACUUGAGGGUCACAGCAGCAAUCACAGUGGACCCACAGCCCACAUUCUGCCCCCGGGGGGCAAACAGGGCAGCAGGAGUAACAACAGAAGAAACAGUGAUGAGUUUGUCUUCCUGUAAGGAUGCUUUCUCAGCUCUCGCCUGUAGGGGGCAGAAAAAGACUCUUUGUUUCCUUUCAAAGGGAAGGACUUGAUUCUGUUGCUUGUGCAGCUGCAAGGUGACACAUUUGUGCUUUAUCGCCUUCAAUGGGAAUAAAAACUGUGUGGCUUCUGUUAUCACCUUUUUGUUUUAGGCAGGUAUAAUAAGCUAACAGGCAUUAGAAGGUUCUGGUUUGAGCAUUAUUUUACUGGGCUAAGGCAUUAUCUACAAAUGGAUGGUAGAAGACAUUUAGAUUCACUUGAUCAAACCCUAGAAACGCCUCAAAGUUGAGCACUCUCUGAAUAAAGCGCUUGUGAUUUUUGUCCUGGAGGAAACACACUGACGGUUAAGUGGGGACUUUAAGAUAUUUAAUAAGCUCACUGGUCAGGGGACGG